UAAUUCGUUUGCAUAAUCUAUAUUUUUAUAUAUAGAAAGAGACAGGGAAUCUGCAGAUAUCUUCAGUUUGUCAAAUUGAACGAAACGUCCGUUUGCAAACUUACUUAGUAUAAAAAAAAGGAAAUAUUAAAAAAUGCCUUCAGUUUUGCUUCUUGGUUCUGGAUUCGUUGCAUUGCCAACAUUGGAAUACUUGGCCCAGCGAAAGGGAAAUGCUGUCACCGUUGCAUGCAGAACCCUUUCUAAGGCUGAAGCUUUAAUCAAGGGUGUUCCUAACUCUAAAGCUAUCGCUUUAGACGUUGCUGACGAGGCUGCUUUGGAAAAGGCGGUUUCUGAACACGAUCUUACUAUUAGUUUGAUUCCAUAUACCUAUCAUGCAACUGUCAUGAAAGCUGCCAUCAAGCACGGCAAACACGUUUGCACCACCAGUUAUGUUAACCCCCAUAUGGCCGAGUUAGAGGAAUCUGCUAAAAAGGCUGGUUCCAUUUGUAUGAAUGAAAUCGGUGUUGAUCCUGGUGUUGAUCAUUUGUAUGCCAUCAAGACUAUUGAAGAAGUCCAUAAUGAAGGUGGAAAAAUCAAGUCCUUCGUUUCUUACUGUGGUGGUCUUCCUGCUCCUGAAGACUCCAACAAUCCUUUGGGUUACAAGUUCUCUUGGUCUUCCCGUGGUGUCUUGUUGGCCCUUCGUAACUCUGCUAAGUUCUAUGAAGGCGGCAAGAUAGUCAACAUUGAAGGUAAGGACUUGAUGGAAACUGCCAAGCCUUACUUUAUCUACCCUGGUUAUGCUUUCGUUUGUUAUCCUAACCGUGACUCUACUGUUUUUAAGGAGCGUUACCAAAUUCCCGAGGCCGAAACUAUCAUCCGUGGUACUUUGCGUUACCAAGGUUUCCCCGAAUUCAUUCACUGCUUGGUCGAUCUCGGCUUCCUCGAAGACACUCCCCGUGAGUACUUAGACCCCAAGGGUACCGCCUUACCCUGGAAGGAAGUCACCGCUCGUGUUAUCAACGCCGCCUCUUCUUCUGAAUCUGAUUUGGUCAAGGCCAUCUCUUCCGCUCACCAAUUCAAGGAUUCCGAUGACAAGAAGCGUAUUAUCAAUGGUCUCAAGUGGCUCGGUAUGUUUUCUGAAAAGACUGUUACUCCUCGUGGAAAUCCUUUGGAUACUUUGUGUGCCACUUUAGAGGAACUCAUGCAAUACGAAGAAGGUGAGCGUGAUAUGCUUAUCUUACAACACAAGUUCGAGGUAGAAACCAAGGAAGGUAAGCUCCAAACCCGUACUUGCACUCUUCUUGACUAUGGUGUUCCCGGUGGUUACACAUCUAUGGCUAAGCUUGUCGGUAUUCCAUGUGGUAUCGCUUCUCAACAAAUUCUUGACGGUGUUAUUAACACCCCUGGUGUUUUGGCUCCUAAUGAUAUGAAGCUCUGCGCUCCUUUGAUUGACGAGCUUGCCAAGGAAGGCAUUGUGAUUCAUGAGGAAGUCAUUGAUCAAGAAUAAAUGACGGUUUCUUAGUUGUGUACUAUUACCCCUUUUGCUUUUAUGUUUCAUAGCCCUUACUUUGUUUAAUAGUCUUGCCCUGUAGUUUGAAUGAACAAAUAAUCCAUCAUUACUAUAAUUAAAGAUUGUUAUGACUCCCGAAGCUGCAUCAAGACGUGCAUAUAAAAAUUGGAUAGUUCAUUAGUUCGUACGUGUAAUGAAAGAUUAUACCGCUAUUUUAAA